CAGCCAAUUACGCAGGAGUUUCUCUUGAAUGAAGUGUGUGUAAUUUGUGAGUUGUGUGUGAGUAAAACAGAUCAAAGCGCCACGGCCGGGCUCGUGGCUCUGGUGGGGGGAAUUUGCCACUCUGGGGGACGAAAAAGAGGCGUCGACGGAGGGAAUUCGCCAAAGACCCAAUGAAACAGGAAAGAAGCAAUUGCUCGCCCCCCGUCAAAGCUGUCUCGUCCGCCUUCCCCUCGGGUCUGGAUCAGGUGCCUCUCAUCUCCGCUGCUUCUUUCCCAUCCCAAAGCGGAAUGCUGUAGCCUGAAAUACUGUACGCGCCGGGAGAAGCGGGGAAAGGGCUCUCCUCAAGUAAACCCGAAGACCUCCUUGCAGCCAUGAAGAAGGACCGGAUCCGAAGUUGCCUGCCUGCGCUAACUCUGCUCCUAUGGAGCGUUCGCUCUGCAGGUUCUCAAGCAGUCUGUGCAGGCACCCAAAAUGAGCUCAGUGUGACAGGAGAUGCCCAGCAACGGUAUCAGACGCUAUAUAAAAUGUAUAACAACUGUGAGAUCGUCAUGGGUAACCUUGAGAUAGUGCUCAUUGGACAAAACCAGGAUCUAUCUUUCUUGCAGACUAUCCGAGAAGUGACUGGCUAUGUUUUGAUUGCCAUGAAUGUCUUCACUUACCUGCCAUUGCAAAACCUCCGUAUGAUACGUGGGACCCAGUACUAUGAAGACAAGUAUGCCCUCUAUGUGGUCCUCAACUAUGAAAAAAAUGUCACACAUGCUCUACAUCAGAUGGGCUUCAAUCAACUCACGGAAAUCCUCUCUGGGGGAGUCUAUAUUGGGAAGAACAAACAGUUGUGUCAUGUGAACACAAUUGAUUGGGAAGAUAUAAUCAGAGACCCAAAAUUCCACGCCGUGGUCCAUGACAAUGGGGAGAAGUGUACUCCAUGCCAUGAAAACUGCAAUGGCCAUUGUUGGGGGCCUGGUCCCGAGGACUGUCAAAAAUUGACAAAGACCAUCUGUGCUCCCCAAUGCAAUGGACGCUGCUUUGGUCCCAACCCCAAUGAAUGCUGUCAUGACGAGUGUGCAGGAGGUUGCACUGGGCCUCUCAAGACAAAAUGUUUUGCCUGCCACCACUUCAAUGACAGUGGAGCCUGUGAAACCCUCUGCCCUCAGCCAAUGAUCUACAACAGACUCACCUUUCAACUGGAGCCCAAUCCUGAUACUAAAUACCAGUACGGUGGUGUGUGCGUCAAAAAUUGCCCACAUAAUUUUGUGGUGGAUCGGACCUCCUGUGUCAGGACCUGUCCCAAUGACAAAAUGGAAGUUGAAAAAAAUGGCCAGAAGAUCUGUCAACUUUGUGAGGGACUCUGCCCAAAAGCUUGUGAAGGGACCGGUAUUGGAAGUAAAUAUCAGACAGUGGAUUCCAGCAACAUUCACCGAUUUAUCAACUGCACCAAAAUCUUGGGCAACUUGGAUUUUCUUAUCACUGGUCUAGAAGGAGACCCUUGGCACAACAUAAGUGCCCUGGAUCCAGAAAAACUCAAUGUCUUCCAGACAGUGCGAGAGAUCACUGGUUACUUGAAUAUCCAGUCGUGGCCCAAGCACAUGCAGAAUUUCAGCAUCUUCUCCAACCUGGUCACCAUUGGUGGGCGCAGCCUGUAUAACCGUGGAUUUUCUUUGCUGAUCAUGAAGAACAUGAAUGUCACCUCUUUAGACUUCCGCUCACUUCGGGAAAUCAGUGCUGGCCAGGUCUACAUCACUGAGAAUCGGCAACUUUGCUAUUAUAACACCAUCAACUGGGCACGUCUCUCUCGCCGACGUUCAGAUCUUAACAUCAGGAGUAAUAAAUCUCCCAGGAAAUGCAUUCAAGAGGGAAAGGUCUGUGAUGCUCUUUGCUCUAGUGAUGGUUGUUGGGGGCCUGGCCCAGACCAGUGUGUCUCCUGCCUUAACUACAGCCGUGAAGGUGUCUGCAUUGUCUCCUGCAACUUCUACGAGGGGGAGAGUCGAGAAUUUGCUCAAGGGGACGUUUGCUUGCCGUGCCAUCCACAAUGCCAGAAGAUUGAGGGAGGCCUCACCUGUAAUGGACAAGGUGCUGAUGAGUGUGUGACCUGUGCAAACUAUAAGGACGGGCCACAUUGCGUUGAAAGCUGCCCAUCAGGGAUCCUUGGGGUGAAGGGACUAAUCUUCAAGUACCCUGAUGCCAACAAAGAGUGCUGGCCAUGCCAUGAGAACUGCACCGAGGGGUGUUCCGGUCCGGGGAUUGCAGAUUGCGUCGCUGUGGAACCGCGUGAGCCCAGGAAACCUCCAACAGUGAUUGCUGUGAUGGUUGUGGGCUGCCUCUUCGUCUUCUGUUCAUGUGUUUUGCUCACCUUCUUAUACUGCCGUGGUAAGAAGAUUCAGAAGAAGAGAGCCAUGCGCAGAUACUUGGAGAGAGGGGAGAGUUUGGAACCUCUGGAUCCCAGUGAAAAAGCCAAUAAGGUCCUGGCUCGAAUUUUCAAGGAGACAGAAUUAAAGAAGCUGAAAGUUCUAGGAUCAGGAGUAUUUGGAACAGUGCACAAAGGUGUCUGGAUUCCAGAAGGAGACUCUCUUAAGAUCCCUGUAAGCAUCAAAGUUAUCCAGGACCCGAGUGGCCAACAGUCCUUCCAUGCUGUGACCGACCACAUGCUAGCAAUAGGUAGUCUGGAUCAUGCGUACAUUGUCCGUCUCUUGGGCAUCUGUAUUGGUGCCCAGCUGCAACUUGUCACCCAACUUCUACCUUUGGGCUCCUUGCUGGAGUAUGUUCGCAAAAACAGGGAUGCCAUUGGUCCUCAACUGAUGCUGAACUGGUGUGUCCAGAUUGCCAAGGGCAUGUACUAUCUGGAAGAACAUCGUAUGGUACACCGCAACCUUGCUGCCCGUAACGUUUUGGUUAAAUCCCCUAGCCAAGUGCAAGUAGCAGAUUUUGGCAUUGCUGAUUUACUCUACCCAGAUGACAAGAAAUAUUUCUACAAUGAAAUUAAGACACCAAUAAAGUGGAUGGCAUUAGAGAGCAUACAUUUUGGAAAAUAUACACACCAAAGUGAUGUGUGGAGUUAUGGAGUGACAUUGUGGGAGAUGAUGACUUUUGGAGGAGAACCUUAUGCGGGAAUCCACCUUUCAGAAGUUCCUGACUUACUGGAAAAGGGAGAACGCCUUUCACAACCCCAGAUCUGCACUAUUGAUGUCUACAUGGUUAUGGUAAAAUGCUGGAUGAUUGAUGAGAAUAUUCGUCCCACCUUCAAAGAGUUAGCCAAUGAGUUCACACGAAUGGCUCGUGACCCUCCUCGCUACCUGGUGAUUAAGAGAGAAAGUGGGACACUAUCUCCAGUUGAGCCACCCACACUCAGCGAAAAGGAGUUGGAUGAGAUGGAGACACUGGAGAUGGAAUCAGAGCUGGAGGAGGAGGAACUCCACAACCUCUUUGCCUCCCGGCAAUGGGUGGACUCCACACGGCCUCCAAAUCUUCUGAUCUCCUCUGCUGGAUACAUCCCCAUGAAUCAAAGCAGCCUCAGUAGAAGUCGGCAGGGUACAGGACUGGGCUCCCGGCAGACUUUGCGCAUAAGGCAGGAGUCGAUGGGCCGUACCAUAUCUGAGUCCUCUGAAGGACGAGGCACAGCCUCAGAAUACGAUCUCACGGAGGAUAUGUCACUGUCUGGAAGCUUAUGCCGCAGCCUGCAAUCCCGGGGAGACAGUGCCUACCUGUCUCAGCGGGAGAGUCUCAUGCUACCUGUCGGAAAUGCUGAUGGAGAGGAAGAUGCCAAUGGCUAUGUCAUGCCGGAUCGAAAUGGCAGAGAGCGUGCUGCUGGCAUUGCCGCCUCCCUGAUGCGUGGCUCCAUCCCUGUGCACGAAGUGGAGGAAGAGUAUGAGUACAUGAACCGCCGGGCUACACAAUCCUCGCAACCCCGGCCAGCCUCUCUGGAGGAGCUUGGUUAUGAGUAUAUGGAUCUUGGCUCAGAGCUGAGCGCAUCUUUGGGCAGUGUGCCAAGCUCCCAAUUGACUACACCUUGCAGGGAGGAUGAAGAUGAGGAAGAGGACUACGAGUACAUGAACAAACAGCCCAAACUUAGCAAGUCCUUGAGUAGCAUCCGCAGUUCUCGGGGAGACUAUACCGAUAUGGAUUCUGGCAUCACCCAGGGCUCCCCAGAUGAGCAGGGAUAUGAGGAAAUGGGUGCUGUGCUGCCCCCAGUCCAAUGUGCUGGCUGCCAGAGUCCACCCUGUCACAAGAACGGUUUCAUGAAACCCUUGCGCACACUGGAGUCCUCAGACUGUGCUUUUGAUAAUCCAGAUUAUUGGCACAGCCGGAUGUUCAGCAAAGUUGAUGCUCAGAGGACAUAGCUGGGCCUGGAAACUUGCUCUGACUCUUUAUGGGUAAAUAAAACCCUUGGUUUUUAGCUGCAAUCACACUUUAUGGUGAUUGUGGACUGCAAAGGCAAACUUCUAUUCAUCUUCAAAGCCUCUGUGACGUUGACCAUAGCAAGCAAAUAUAUCUGGACCAGUGAUGGGCUUCUUGAGAACUGCAUUGCAGUUUUCCCAUCUUGCACUGUGGAUCAACAGCUGUACAUGAGGUUUCCUUGGGUCAAAUGCUCUGGACCUGCAAUGCAAAUAGGACCAGUAGGGGAAGCCAUUCCUGUAUACAGAGUGAGGCUUGCUUUUGCAGUGUGGGCUUUUGGAAGAGACUUGCUAGCUGCUAAACAAAAGUGCCCUGCCCACAGAUGGAUGACACUGGAAGCAGCUCUGAUAAAGCCAGAGACCCUUCUGUUUAGGAAAGUGUUGAGCUCUGGGACAACCCUCUGUCCAUCACAAGCAGAGGGGCAUUAAUCAUGAGCCAAGCAUGCUGAGCCUUACAGAUGGCCAUAAGGCUGAAGGGACAACCUUCUUGAGAAAAAAGAUGCCAAUACUUACUAUAUCUCCCUCUAGCAAUAUGUAUAACAGCAGGGGAGAUGAUUAAUUAUCAGGGUGGAUAUGAAGGAUAAUGGUACUUUUUCUGAGAACUUGUCACAAGCAACCUCACUGAAGAAGCCAAUGUGCCCAAGCAUGGGCUAUGAGAUGACUUUGGGUUUUGCUCCUACCUCUCACCAAGAUAUUUGGUACUCCUGGUUCUGCCUACGUCAUUAUGAAUUUGCUGUUAGGAAUCCCCAUAUCACAAUAAGUAUUUGAGAAUAAUGGGUAUUAACAAAGUCUGAACAUGCAGGAGGCCAACUUCCAUUUUUGGCAUUUGGGUGUUCAUGAUUACAAGAAACUCGAAUUUUCUUUCUUGGCUGUGGAAGAUCCAGCAAUAAUCUCAAAUACCUCCAAACCACAAGCAGCAGGGAAAGAGUACCAACUAUUGUAAGGAAAGUAGGGGGUGGGAAUCUUUCUCUUGUCCUAUGCAGAAGUUAGAGGCAGAGAGAUUUUUUGAAAGGCAGUGAUCUUCAUAUCCUCUCCUUUGCUAGAAUGGAAUAUGGGAUGUUUCUCAGAUUAGGGACCAAGGAAAGAGACCAGCAGUAACUUAAUCCUUACUACAACAAAUUGACAAUAGAGGGGAGGUCUCCUUAGUCCUGAAGUUAACUGCUGUACUUCUGUUUGAAAGGGCACAAGGUGGAACUCUCAGCUUUAAUAACAUUAUUUUGAUUCUUUGAAGUCAGGCUCAUUUAUACAAGAGCAUGAUUUGGGAACAAUUUUUCCCUUUCCUCACCACCAUUCCUCCCAACCCUGAGGGCCCGUUACAGAGUACACAACCUUGACAUAACCUGCAUGUUCUGGAUUGCAUCACAUAAAUGGGUAUUUACAAAAGGGAAAAAUCCAUCCCAGUUUGGAAGAGGCAAAUGUUGUGAUUUGAGCAUGCUAUUUUGGGGGGGAGAAUCCUGUUGAUGGCUUCUGCACAGUUUGAACAGCAUGUUCCUCUCUUCUAUAAUUGGUCGCCAUUCUGGCCUAGCUUAGAAUUUGCCAUGCAGAACACUGUUAUGGUCAGAGCAAUUAUCCAGAUUGUUUUAGGGCCUACCUUGCUGGUCUCUGGGCACUCCUUUGAAUUGCCAAUGUUUGACUAAAAUUUCAAUGGAGAUUUCAGAAAACCUAUGUAUGUAUGCAAUCAGUCAGGCUGGUUUGAUGGUUUCUAGCUAAACUACUUCUUUCCCUCUAAAUCACAUUGAAUGAAGAAAAAAUAAGAGCGUAUGAUAUAAAAGGAAAUUCUAUUCUUUGCCUUUGAUUGAAUAAAUCAGCUCUGUUCCUGCUCAGAUCAAAAUUCCUUAAGGUACGAUCGUAUCUGAAGGGCUGAAAACCACCCGAUCUAUCUGGGUUUUGCCAGUUAGAAGUACCAGAGAACCAUAUGACUAUACAAGAAGAGAAGGAUGCUGGAGGCGCUCGUAGGCUGCCCUCUACUGAGUAAACUACAUAAAAUGGACUGCUUUUUGACUGGUCUGAGAGAGAAGUUCACUAAAAUGAAAUCUUUGAGGAAAUGGGAAAUAGAAAUGUGUUCUUCUAUUCAUUAAAUGAACACAGCUUCUCCCAUUCCUUCUGCCCUACAGAGCUGAACAAAUAUGAGUAAAAACAUUUUAAAUAUAUUAAAUUGUGUAUGCCCUGAACAUUCAUAAAAUAAUCGAGUAAGACCAGUUGAAUAUAGUAGGAUUUACUUCUGAGAAAACCUACAUAGAAUUGCAAUAUUCUAAAAUCAAAAUCCAUCAGAGGUGUGUGUAAUUGCAAAAGAGUUCUUGGUUUGAUUUUUGAGCCAGGAAGUUUCUUCCAGCUCUUUUUUCAAAGCUGCUUUCCCAUUCUUCCAGAACAUCACAGACCUCUAGAUCAGGAUGCUCAGUAGAAAUAUUUUUAAAUUUUGAUUAGACAAAUUAGUCCACCUUCCUUCAAGAAAAACCCCAAAUAAGUGAAUUUUGAAGGAAAAGUUCCCAUAGAACAAAACUGAAAUUAGAAGGGCAGUCAUUCUAACAGUUCUGGUUUGGGAUUAUUUGGAUCUGGAUACCUGAAAGUGACAUGAAAAGAGAGCAUAAAAUACUCCAGGUAAAUCAAGGCGUAUUCUAGUAGACAUAGGUAUGCUAAAAUUUAGCAGUAAUACAUAAUCAAACAUAAUACUGUUUGGAUUUGCAGACAGGGUCUCCAAAGGCUGCAGUCCACAACUUUUUGUUGUGGCAAGAAAAGAAAUUAUUUGGUUUGCACUGCUUGUACUUACAAUAGAGAUCAGUAUGAAGAAGCGUUAGCUGAAGCUUUUCAUAGCAUAAAGAUGAAUAGUGGCUGGGGUCAGUGCUCAUCUGUGCUUUGUUUAACAAGCCCCAAUUGACUGGGUUCACUCAUACUAACUCAAAGCCAGGCAAACAAUAUUAUCACUUAGCAUGAUGAUCCCCAGUUACCAUCACCAUCUAAUUGCUACAGAUCAAAUUCUUAAUAGAAUGAAGAGCUAUGGAGGCCACUUUCAAAUCUAGCAAGUUUAUGAUUCACCCCUUAGAAUUUCUUUUAUACACGGGGGGGGGGGGGAGAAGACCCCACCAACUCCUAGUCCUCUCUUCACUAUAGCAUUUGCUAGGAAUUAUCACAUUUACCGAAAUGCUCUAUUCUGUGAAACCCUGGCAGCCCUAGUUUAUGCACGUUUCUUUGGUUUUAAUGGUUUUAUUCAUAGGAAAGAAAUAUGAGCCACCCUCAAUUUAAGGAGAAAGGAAAAGUGAUAAUCAGAGUUAAAAGAAAGGGAUCGGUGUUGGUGGGAUUUUAAAGUGGAGGUGCGCUAAUCCCUGCACUUACUCCAACUGCUAUUGCUUCUCUCUUCAGUUACACAUCUGUGCCAUAUGAACAGUAACCGACAUCAGCGAUAAGGCAUUUCUCAGAGGUACAACGAAUAGAUGCCAAUUGUUACAGGCUAUGGUGAAAACAAAAACAUGAAAGCAGCUCAUUGAAUUGUUUUAGAACUGGUACUUUUUGUUCAUUGUUUUUGUAGGAUAAAAGUGCCACUUUUAAUGUUUCCCUAUUCUGUAUAUUGUUUGUCAUAAAAAUCAUGUUGGAUUGGUUUAUUUUAUUUUUGCCCUGCUUUGUAACUGGUGAAAUGAAGGUUGUCUUUUUUUUUUUUUAAUCAAACUGGAAGGAAUCCAAAUAUUGGCAUACUUUGAAUGGCUUAGUACAAUGUUCCAGCUUCAGUAUAACAAGGAAUAAUAGUGGUGUUUAAAAACAAACACACAAACACGAGCUGUCUCUAUUGUCACUGGCUAUGAUGCUGGGAGUUCUUUCCUGUGCCAAGACAUAAGCAAAUUGCAAGAAUAGUAACAGGCAUGGAUUACAUAUGGAGUUACAUUUAAAAGGGUUUACACAUCAUCACAACUUUCUGCUUCCUCAUCCAAGCAGUGCUGAUUAGGAAAGUUGAAUCUAGCAAGGUGACAGAUUUCCAAGAUUUGGGGGACCCAGUUAUUGUGACUUUACUGAGAGCUGGAUAUGAAUCAGUACAUAUAUCCUCAGACCUAGUGGUGGAUUUGAGGCUUAUUUCUUUCUGGGUAAGGACUAGACAUUUAACCAUUUUCAAAGAAAGGAUGGUUUUGUUUUUCCAGACAGAGGUACUUCCUGUUGCUGAAGACCUUUCAGAAGUUUGUGUGUGUAAUACAAAAUAAAAAUGUCAUUGAUAAAGCACAAUGUUUA